CUCAGCGCGCCGCCCUGCGCCCCCCCGCCUGUCCUGUGCUCUCUACCUGGAGUUGCAGAAGAGCAGGGUGGAGUCGCUAAACGCGGCGCGGGAUGAGCUUUCUGUAGCCCCGUGUUUCCCGUUUGGUAUAGACAGGCGCGGGUCUGUCAUACGUGAACCUGUGGGAAGGCUGUUCAGAAAGCGCAUCGUUUAGAGACUACAUCGGCGAGCUAAAACCCUCAAUCUUCGUGGUGAUCGUGCUCCCAGAGAGGAGAGGCUGACAGUGGUUAAAGUGGCCCAGUUAUGCCGCCAGUGAGGAGAGCCGCAUCCUUGUUCUCACCGAGCUGCUUGAGAGAAAAGCCCAUUCUCCAUUUUACCAGGAAGGCGUGAGCAACGCCCUGCUGAAGAUGGCCGAGCUGGGGCUGGCACGCGCGGCCGCCGUGCUCCUGCGGAAUGGAGCCAACCUCAACUUUGAAGACCCGGUCACCUACUACACGGCGCUGCACAUCGCCGUCCUACGGAACCAGCCGGACAUGGUGGAGCUGCUGGUGCGCCACGGGGCCGACGUCAACCGCAGGGACCGGAUCCAUGAGAGCAGCCCCCUGGACCUGGCCAGCGAGGAGCCAGAGCGCCUGCCCUGCCUGCAACGCCUCCUGGACCUCGGAGCAGAUGUCAAUGCGGCUGACAAGCAUGGUAAGACAGCCCUGCUCCAUGCUCUGGCCAGCAGUGACGGGGUGCAGGUCCACAACACCGAGAACAUCCGGCUCCUGCUGGAAGGAGGGGCGGACGUCAAGGCCACUACCAAAGACGGGGACACAGUGUUCACCUGCAUCAUCUUCCUGCUGGGCGAGACAGUGGGAGGCGACAAAGAGGAGGCCCAGCUGAUCAACCGCUUCUGCUUCCAAGUCACGCAGCUGCUGCUGGCCCACGGUGCCGACCCCAGCGAGUGCCCGGCCCACGAGUCCCUCAUGCACAUCUGCCUCAAGAGCUUCAAGCUGCACUUCCCCCUGCUGCGCUUCCUGCUGGAGUCAGGAGCCGCCUACAACUGCUCCCUACACGGCGCGUCCUGCUGGUCUGGCUUCCACAUCAUCUUUGAGAGGCUCUGCUCCCACCCGGGCUGUGCGGAGGAUGAGAGCCACGCGGACCUUCUGCGCAAGGCGGAGACCGUGCUGGAUCUCAUGGUGACCAACUCCCAGAAGCUCCAGCUGCCUGAAAACUUUGACAUCCACCCUGUGGGCAGCCUGGCGGACAAGAUCCAGGCCCUGCACUUCUCCCUGAGGCAGCUGGAGAGCUACCCCCCGCCCCUAAAGCACCUAUGCCGCGUGUACAUCCGCCUCUACCUUCAGCCGUGGCCCGUGGAUGCCAAGGUCAAGGCCCUACCUCUGCCCGACAGGCUCAAGUGGUACCUCCUCAGCGAGCACAGUGGCGCCGUCGAGGACGACAUCUGACCGUCUGGGCUAGGGGGCGGGGUCUGGGCAGCCCCAUCGGCAUGUGGGUGAUUCAAGUACCUGGGCGGCCCGAGGGGACAGCCUUCCGUCCGCCUGUCAGAGGUGCAGGGUGGAGCCCGGCGGCGGCAAGCGCUCCAGCGGAGGAAGGCCUCUCUGGAGGGAGACUGCCCCCGCUUCCCCUGGCAGCGACUCUGAGCCUCGGCCCACAGUGGAAGUGGGGACAGGGUUUAGGACAAGCACGGACCCUCCUGAUGGGAGGGAGUGCCGGGCGCUCUGAGAAGCAAGGGGGCUCCACGCCCCGGCCCUCCACAGGAAGCCGGCCCAGCCUGCGUGGAGACGCCAGGAGGGGCCUGUGGGGUGCAGCCCGGCCAAGACCAUUGACUCUUCACCCAAGAUUCUGUGAAAAAAAAUAAGCGCUUCGGGGCAGGCAGGGAGAGCUGAGCUAACUCCAGCCAGCUUCUAUAGCUCUGGGGCCAAGCCACCCACCACCCUGCCCAGCAAGGGCCAGGGCCCUGCUCGGGUGGCAGCUGUUUGUGCCAAACCUGUGGUUUGGGGACCACGCCUUCUAACAAGCAAUUAUGCAUGACUGUGCGCUGUCUUUCUGAAAUGUCUCACAUCGUGAGGGUUCAUCUGAUGGGAAAAGCUACCAAGGGUGAAAGCCAACCUCCGCCCUGUGUUGAGCCCUCAGCAGGCCGCCUGUGGGUCACACGAGGUGGUCAUUGUGAAUUGUGUAACUGCCUUGGAGAUAAGCCGAGGCGACUAAAAGGAUAUAUUUAUAAACUUAAAACUGAUUUCUCUUGGCCUUAAA